AUGCCCGACUUCGCAGAUACUACAUCCACCAUGUCUCUUCAGUGGACGACUGUCGCCUUCAUCCUCUAUGCCGAAAUCGCCGUCAUCCUGAUAUUGCUGCUUCCCUGGAUCAGCCCGGCGCUCUGGAGUCGCUUCUUCCGCAGUGGCUUCGUCAACGCCAUACAACGGAAUGCAAACGUAGCUUUCUACGCGGGAGUGGUUGUUCUCUUCAUCCUCUUCGCCGACGCGGUCCGCGAGGUCCAGAAGUAUUCCCACGUCGAUGUUGAUCUGAAUGUGGUCCGACAUGCUGAGGCCGACACCGUCGUCCACAUGCGACUUUUCCGUGCCCAGCGCAAUUUCUACAUCUCUGGAAUGGCCCUUCUUCUCUUCCUCGUCAUCAAGCGUAUCGCCGGUCUUUUGAUGCGUGGAGCCCAGCUUCAAGCUUCUGCUGAAGCUGCCCUCCGCCAGGCCGACAGCGCCACCAAGACUGCCCGCACUCUGAUGGAUGCUGAUGAUUCCGGCGAGGAAAACAAGCAGAAGAAGGAGGCUGCCCGCAAGAUCGACGAGCUCAGCAAGGAAUUGAAGAAAGCUCAUGAUGACCGUGAUGCCGUCAAGAAACAGGCUGAGGGUCUUCAAAAGGAAUACGACCGGGUUUGCGACUUGUUGGCCGAGGCCGAGAAGGAGCAGGAGGAAACCAAGAAAGAUCUA